ACACAAACACAAUCACAAUCCCGCGUAUAUUUCUUGAGUCUUCUAUAUACAAUUCAUCCCAGUUUUGUUCGAAAAUCUUCAAUGGAUUCCCAAUCACACCCAGUUCAAGAACCAUCACAAAACGUAAAUUCAUACGAGCAGUACCAAAAUUCUUCAGAUUCGUACUAUCAAAACCCUUCACAAACCCUAGGUCAAGAUCCCGCACCAGGUGUUUGUGAAAAUGCCGAGCUGAACGGCUCAAAUUCCAACUUUCGUGAAAAGUCAGCUAAGCCAGGCGACAAUAAUUCAGCUCAAAACAAACUAUCAGAUUUGAAUUCAAAUCUUAUGUUACAGAAGCCAUUGUUGUCGGGUAAUGGGUUGACUAACACUCAUAGUGGUGGUGCCGAGAGGGACCAAUCAGGUGGUGAAGAAGAAACUUCCAGUAGAAGAAGGAGGAGAAGCCGAUGGGACCCACCCCCGACUGAUUCGAGCAAUGAUGGCACUGGAGGAAAUGAUGAAAGCGGGGCUGGACGAAAGAGGAAAUCGAGGUGGGCGGAUGAUGAGCCGAAGCCGGUGAUUCAGUUGCCUGAUUUCAUGAAGGAUUUCGCUGGAGGUAUUGAAUUUGACCCUGAAGUACAAGCUCUUAACAGUAGAUUACUUGAAAUUAGUAGGAAACUGCAAUCUGGUAUGCCUUUAGAUGAUAGACCUGAAGGAGCUCGAUCCCCUUCGCCUGAACCUAUAUAUGAUAAUAUGGGUGUACGUAUAAAUACGAGGGAGUAUCGUGCUCGUGAAAAACUAAAUAGGGAAAGACAAGAGAUUAUAUCACAGAUAAUAAAGAAAAAUCCAGCUUUUAAGCCACCAGCAGAUUAUAGGCCUCCUAAACUUCAUAAAAAGCUUUACAUUCCAAUGAAGGAGUACCCGGGUUAUAAUUUUAUCGGUCUUAUAAUUGGGCCGAGAGGGAAUACUCAGAAGAGAAUGGAAAAGGAGACUGGAGCAAAGAUUGUAAUUCGAGGUAAAGGGUCGAUUAAAGAAGGGAGGUUCCAACAGAAAGGGAAUUUGAAACAUGAUCCGGCAGAGAAUGAGGAUUUACAUGUGCUAGUGGAAGCUGAUACUCAGGAGUCACUUGAGGCUGCUGCAGCUAUGUUGGAGAAGCUUUUGCAGCCCGUCGAUGAAGUACUUAAUGAGCAUAAGAGGCAGCAGCUCAGGGAACUUGCAGCGUUGAAUGGAACGAUUAGAGAUGAAGAGUUUUGUAGGCUUUGUGGUGAACCAGGUCAUAGGCAAUAUGCUUGUCCUUCUCGCACCACCACAUUUAAAAGUGAUGUGCUUUGCAAAAUAUGUGGUGAUGGAGGACAUCCCACUAUAGAUUGUCCAGUGAAAAAUACUACUGGAAAGAAAAUGGAUGAUGAGUAUCAGAACUUCUUGGCAGAAUUGGGAGGGACAGUUCCUGAAUCAUCACUUAAGCAGAAUGCAGCAACUCUUGCUCUUGGUCCUGGAAGCACAGGCAGUAAUCCUCCUUGGGCCAGCAGUAAUAAUACAAGUGGUGGUGGUACCACUUCACACCCUGGAUUAGGGUCAAAUAUAAUGAAGCCAAAAGAAUUUGACGAUACAAACUUGUAUAUUGGUUACCUUCCUCCUACUCUGGAUGAUGAUGGUUUGAUCAAUUUAUUCUCUCCCUUUGGUACCAUCGUAAUGGCUAAAGUUAUAAAGGAUCGUCUCAGUGGUCUGAGUAAAGGUUAUGGUUUUGUUAAGUAUUCAGAUGUUCAACAAGCUAAUAGUGCCAUUGCUGGCAUGAAUGGUCAUUGUCUUGAUGGGAGAACUAUUGCUGUGAGAGUAGCCGGCAAACCCCCUCAGCCUGCUGUGCCUCCAAGCCCUCCUGCUCCAGCAAUGCCCCCAUAUCCUGCUCCUAAUCAGGCAUCUGGAGUCUAUCCGUCUCAGCAGUAUGCAACGGGUGGUCCCAUUGGUCCCCCUGGUGGCUAUGCUGGGACUCCAGUUCCUUGGGGACCACCUGUGCCUCCACCAUAUGCCUCUUACCCACCUCCUGGAUCAAUCAUGUAUCCUCCUCCUCCAGGUCAAUUUGUACCUCCAUAUGGUGCACAGUAUCCUCCACCAAUGCCAACACCAUCUUCCGGUGUCCCGGCUCAGACAGUUUCUUCUGGCGAAAACCAGCAAAAUUAUACAUCUUCUGGUGAGACACAACAAAGUUAUCCUCCCGGAGUGCAAUCUCAUAAUAGUGCUCCUGUUCAAUCGCUUCCCAGUUAUGCCUAUGGCAAUUCCGUCACUGCAUUGCCACCCCAUACCCAGCCUGCAUAUCCAACAUCUUCAUACAGCUAUCCUUCUUAUUAUGGCAUGGCACCACCACCUCCUCUUCCUCCAACUGCAACACAGUCCAGUGUAGAUCAUUCACAGAGUAUGAGCAAUGUUCCCUGGGCCUCAAAUCCACCAGAACCUGCACCUGCACCUCCACCUCCACCUCCACCAUCUGCAGAGAAACCUCCAUAUGGUACUGAUGCAGAGUAUGAAAAGUUCAUGUCGGAGAUGAAAUGAUGAUGCAGUUAACUUUGUAUUUGCUUGUAGUACAUGGCUGAUUUGUUGGAGCACUUCACAUGAUUUCUUACCUCUUGCCAUGUCUUACUUCUUUAACCGUGCUGUACUAUUAUGAUAUUUGCAGAGAGAUGAAGAGUUCAGUCCAUUCCUCAUGUGUUGGAGCAGCUAAUUAGGUGCCAUAUGGAUAUUAAUAAUGCCGAACAUUCGUCUUUUGUCAUAGCUGCCUAGCAUAUGAUUUCAAACUUAUUUAAUUAUUCUGUUGGAUUUUCUUGA